CUUCUCGCACUUUCUCGUAUCGUGUCUCGUCGCAAAACUCAAAACGUACUCAAGCAUUUUCGGGGGGAAUCGAAAUCAAUACUGUCGAAAUUUUACUAGCGCAACGAUGAUAUUGUAGUCGAGGGUCACGUUGAGUGGUUGAAAACUACGCGUCUGUCAUCGUGAGUUGUAAUGGGUCCCACAUUCAAGUUUCCAUUAGUCGGCCGCUUUUUUUAUCCUCGAAUGUACCACCAGAAAUCGCGUAAAGGAUGCGAAAUUAAAAAAGGAGAAUCCCAAUAAAAGUGAGUCGUCGUGUUUGGCAUUUCGACAUCUCUGCAGAAACAAGAAAUACACAAUGCCAGACGAGUCUAAGUCUGCAUUUGUCCUGCCGCUCUCCGAGCUGCAGGCGAUCCAGCACCGCAUUCUCCCGGCAGAGCAGGUAGAGGAUUUGGGUAGGAAAAGGGCUCUGAAACUGCACGAGAACAGCAAAAAGCGCGCGGGCACGUGGACCAACACACUAGAAGGGUCAAGAAAAGCAAACAUAGCCGCAAGACAGCUUAGGCUAGAUGCGGAGGAGGCAGGUACGGAGUACACUUGUUGUGGAUCAUGAUAAGAAUGAUAAACCACCUUCGAUCAUAGGUCUUCUUCCUCUACAAUGUGAAAGACGCCUGUUUCUGAAACAGGCACCAGCAAUAGAAGUUCAAUGCUAUAAUCGAAAACCAACAUUAAAACAGAGCGUCAGAAGCUGGAUGAGCAGGAGGCCGCCAUCCAAUUAGAGAACCGUAGAAGAAUAAUCGCGAGGGCAAACAGAUUGCUGUACGACGAGUCCGAUAGAAUGAAGUCCUUCCACUCAAAAAUGCAGUACUCGGACUGUCUAGCGGAGCGAGAAGCUCAGGUGCAGUUGAAGGAUGAGCUGAGCAGGUAAUCUGAUGACUUUCUGGUGCACGCAGUACAAAUUAAUAAGGACAAACAGUAACUGAAUUGGAUUUCGUGUAAACGUCCUUACCUCGGCAGGCCAGUACAAGUGUGACAGAAUUUGCAUCUGAAACACAAUCUCAAGCUUGUGUUGAAUUUCUUUGAGCCGAACAACCACUUACAUGAUUCACAGGUUAGAGCAGAUUCGGGAGGAGCGAUUUCUGGAUAUCGAGAAGCACAACUACCGAAAAAUGCUGGAGCGUGAACUGCGCGAGAAGAUGGAAUAUGAAGACAAACUCGGCAAAGCAACGGUGGUCCAAAAGCAGCAACUGUUGGAGGCAAAAACAAAGCGACUCGCGUUUAUCGAGGAGGACAUCUUGGAGGGUACCACUUAUGAUGGCACAAUCAUCUUCUUCGCACUUGGCGAAUGCAUGAAAUUGAAAAAAGGAAAAGAGCAGGGGAAGACGUUUGACCUCAGAACGACGACAGAUGGCGCUGCAUGGUGACAGAAUAAAAGUUUUUUCGUCUGAGAAAAAGUGGCCAAACGAAAAUUUCUUCAGGUGAGCUCCUCCGCAAGAAAGCCGCAGAGGACGCGGAGCAGGAGCGUAAGAACAUUUUGAAGAGACGAGCCGAGGCCACUUUGGCACUAGUGGAGACGCAGAAGGCAAACGCGUACCUGAAAUCUUGCCGGGAAGAGGACGACAAGAGGAAAGAUAGGGAACGUAUUUUUGAUUUUUCGAUACUGCUGUAGCUGUGCCCGCAUGCCAAUUUCAAUUAUCAUAGCUUGCCGCACAUGUUGAGGGCUUCCUGCAUUUCAUCAAACGCCGCAUAUGAUUUUAUUUUACAAAACCUCAGAGCGCAAAAUCAACGAAUACGCUGCGGACAAAGAGCGGCAGAUGCAGCUCCGCAAGGCCCGGCUGAAAGAAAUCCACGACAACAAGAUGGAGAUUCAGAACCGGCUGAUCGAGAGGCAAGCUGCGCAGUUGAAAGCCGCAGCGAAUGCCGAGGACGCGAGAAUCGAGGGCGAAGUACUGCAGAAGCAGCUCGCGGACGAGAAAAAGAGGCUAGCGAAGGAAGCCAGAUUACAGCAAAUGGCAGAUGACGUAAAGAUGUUUUUUGAUUGAAAGAUACUCGCAGUGUAGAAGCGUAAGCGAUAGGAAAUGCAGCUUCACUGUGUAAAUCUAUCACGAAAUUAGCAGAUGAACCUAAGCUCACUUAGAUGAAUUACUUUUAAAAUCAUUCUGAUUUUUGCGUAUUUCAGGUAGACAAGAGUCGGCAGCAGCAGAUUAAGCGCAAGGUGCUGCAGAGACAGACGGAAAAGAAAGAGGAGGUUGAGAUGACACAGUUCUGGUCGCAGUGGUGCAAGCACUUAGGUAUAUGUUUUACGACAACUAGCUGCCUCGGUGCUUGUAUACGAACUUGCCGUGCAUCAGACCGCAUCAUUUUCAUUAUGGAAUGAAAUCGCAGGCCCCGUCUUGUGGUUUUUGUCAUGCGUCUUUCUGCAAACACCUUCAACCGCCAUGUUUACAUAAAAAACGACAUUUUUUGACACUGCUUCUAUUUAACAGAAAACGAAGAGCGGCAAGAGGAGGGGCUGAAGUUCGAGGCCGCGAAGAAGCUGCAGGCGGAGCACCGAAAACAAAUGGCCCAGAACAAAACCAAACGGAACCACGACCGGGAAACGGAGCUGUUGGUGGUGGAGAAGGCGCAGCAAGCCAUCGAGAUGGAUUCGCUAUCGAAUGAAAAGAUGUCUGGGUCUGGAAGGUUGCAACUUGUGAUGCUGUGUGUAAAUUCUAAAAAGAUUUGUAUUGCAUGAGCAGCAGCAGGAGGAGGAGUCCAGUUUGUGUUACGCGGGGAGGGCAUUUCUCAUGCGGAAUCGGCAUCAGGAAGCCCUCUAAAAAUCUUUGAUGCUAGGUGAUGCAUUACAGGCAUUCUGGGCCACGCAAAAUAUGCAUGACAAACGUGGCAAUCUUCCAGACCUAGACAUAUUUGCAGCUGAUAUUCGCUAGAGUACUACAAGUACGCGGAAGCAAUGAUCCGCGAAUACGCGGAGGAUGGCAAGAACGUCAUCCCAUUGAUCAAGGAACUCAAGGAGUACCGGAAACGGGAGGGGAUUUAG